AUGCUGCCGCGAGGAGGGCUGAUCGCCGCGAUCCAUGGCAAGAAAAGAAGAACACGCGCCGAAGAGGAUCACAACGUCCUGUCUCUUCUUGAGCCCCCACAUGUCUACAAGGACAGGAUGGAGGCUGUCCAAGUUGUGCUGGAAGAUGUGCAAUCGCAUACCAUCUUCGGACCUGCUCACGGGAAGACAGACCAUUCUCACAAUGUGGCAGUGGAUGGUCUUCUCAAAAGAGUGAAAGAUAGACUUCAUCGCUCCCAUGCAUACCUCAAAUUAGCUUCCACUGCGCUCUUCUAUAUUUUGUUUGCAACUCUUCUGUUUACUCAGGGGAAUGUAACAGAUGCGUACGCCAUGGAAAGUUCGAUCAUCAACUUGAUCAUAGGGCAGCUUCCCACGCUUGGAACUGGAGGAUAUACAAAUUCGAAUGUGGGAGCAGCAGGGAUGCUGAAGAGUUCAAAUGAUUUCUAUGCAUGGUUGUCAAAGGCCGUGAUAUCCAACGUGUUCACUGACCCAAUAUGUGGAGAUGGUGUUUGCGAUGCGCCGGAUGAAUACCCUGGUUUCAGUAGAUUUGGCUGCGUUGCAGACUGUGGAAAUUACCUUCAAGUGACCCCCAUCACAAUCGACCUCGAAGAUGUGAUCGGUACAAGUCAAACGUCCUUGGGUUGGAAUGUGAAGAAUACGUCUAUCGCGAGUUCAGACAAAGCUGGAUUCAAAUUCAACAUCUACAGUGAAACCAUGGGAGACUUCUUGUUCGCAGAAGAUCAGAAUCCAACAUCAUCACCUUCUAUAUCCACUGAAGUUCCUGAUGAGAUUGAUGCUUACAUCAGCACUGUUCCUGCUCGAAAUACACUGAGCGACUAUGAAUAUGGCGAUCAAAGAGAAUACCUUGCUUCUUCAUUCCUAAUCACGCAAGGAAUUCAAGGCUACUGCUCCACUUUGCAAGGCAGCUCCGAUUCUCGUUGCCAGAGCUUGAAUACUUUGAUAUCUUUUGAGGCUCCUUUCUAG